UUGCAGCUGAUUUUUGUGCCUUUUCAACCAUUGUGCCUAAUUAUAAGCUGACAAUGCGACAGCUAAUGAAACCCUAUGCGGAUACACUGUUAAACAAAUUCAAGUCACUUCAGGGCUCCAUAAUUAAUUUUCCCUUUUACUUGUGCUACAAUUCGAAGGAUGCGUUUCUCAAGGAUCAUGCCAAGAGCAUUAUGGCCUAUACUUACAUAUACAACAAACCAGAGGAUAUUAGACGCUAUAGCAAAUAUAUACAAAAUGAGGAAUACGUCAACAUUAUUAAGGCCUAUUUAAUGAUAUCAUUAAGUCAUUGCGAUGAAUCUCAAAGUGCCGAGUUCCAGCAACAUCAUGAGAAUCUCCAACAGAAUCUAUCCGAAUUUCAAGUGAAGCCCUUGGAUGUGCCACUCAAUGCCAUGACACUUUAUUAUACAAUCCGACUGCUGCUGGAUGAGAAUGAAUUGGCCAGGUUAUUUGGCUCCACAGUGCAUUGUAAUAGAACCGCAGCUUGGUUUAAUGUUGGCAAGGAAUCGCUCUUCUCUGCGAUGUCUCUACAUUUGAGCGGCAGUCGUUGGUCGCGGGAUAAGCGUAUUCAGAGCAUGUCGGUGCUGAUGUUCGAGCAGCCACAGAUCCUGAUUGAUCUGCUGACCACGCUGAAGACUGAUUGCUAUGAGGCGGUGCUUUCCAGUCAUUUGUUGCACUGCUUUUUCCUUUACUGCACUGUGGCGGAUGCGAUGCUCGAUGCUGUCAAGGAAUUGGAGUCGACAGGCAGCCAUAAUAAGAAUGCCACUUUACUGGAAGUUAGUUGUCCUUACUUUGUGCGGGAUAUUUGGUUCUUUGUCUGUCGUUUUCUGCUGCACACUAAAUGUGCACAAUUGCAGCGAGCAGGAUUGAAAUUUCUUGGAAUUAUGCAUUCUAAAGAAAGUUUUGCAUUGCACGAUAGUUCAACACGUUUGGAUGAGAUAGCCAAGCUAUUAAUGUCCUUAACCCAGCACAUGGAGACCAAGCAAUUGAGACAACUGGCUUCAACAGCAUUGAAAACAUUUAUUGAAGUCCACAGGCAACAACUCAAUAUGCAAAUCCUGCUGGAGGAGAACUGCGAGUGCGAAUAUCUACAGUCGCUGCAACAGUUAAUUGACGCCGAUCUGCCAAGAGUUGGUGGCCUAGGAGUCGUUGACUACAUAAGGGCAUUCCUGAAACCCAAUCGACUAGACGGUCGUCUACACGGACUGCAGGAAUAUAUUGCCGAGCACAAAAUGGAGCUGCAACAAGAGGAUCAGCUGCUCUUUCAGCUCAUCAAUCGGCUGAUUCGCAUGGUGCGGGAUUCACCGAAGCAGGAGAGCAGCAUGGAUGCCCUCAAGUGUCUAGCCGAGAUUGGACCACUGAAAAUGCAAAACAAUUCGUAUUACUUUCAGACCGAUUUUGAUGCCUUUGAUCAGUCCAAUGAUGAGCCAAUGGAUCAAUUUAUUCGCGUCAUUAUGGAAACACUGGACAAGCAAUUGUUCCACUUCAAUACCAGCACUCAGAAGGCGCUCAUCCAGGUGGCUGGACACGUGGUUAACAGCAACAGUGGCGCCAGAUUACACGUUAUGUAUCCGAAUUUGCGCAUUUUUUACCAGAAGCGCAACAAAUCGAGUUUUCUAAACUCCUUUCAAGGCAUUCCUGCCCUGGAUUGGGUGACCAUGCUGAAGUCUUGCGAGCAUUUGGACUACGAGCAAUGGAUGUGUGCCUUUAUGUGUCGAGUGUUCCAGGCCUGUGGCUGGCAAGGAUUCGAUGCAUUUGCCGCGAAUUCAUUUGAAUUUGCCUUUGCCUGCCUGCAGCCAUUUAUAAAACUGCUGCUGGCCAACAAGGAAUUGCAUUUGGAAAGUUUGUGCUCCAUGCUCGAUCAUUUCUUUGCCAGAUUCUGUGAGUUACAUCUGGGAAUUUAUCAGGAGAAGCGUGCCAUUAAACGAUUUCUGUAUAUGUGUGAAUGCAUUCGUCUCACUAACAACUGGAUUAUUCCCAUUAAUCUCAGCAAUGCAAUCAUGGCCAGCAAUCAUUGUCAGGCAUAUUUUCUCAGCAUUAUGUAUUUGGAACUGUGGGCCUGCGAGAUGAGGAAUACCCCAAAUGCUGACAUUCUCGACGACGACAAUUUUCAAAAGUCGGCGAAAAAGGCCUAUGAGUCCAUUGGCUGUCUGGAUGCCAUGUCCGGCUUUUUGAAUCCCCUACGUUCCCGCGUCGAUUAUCUAAGUUUGAAUAACAAUCUAUUUGGCUGUUGGCUGGAAUCGGAUAAUCUGGAUGUGCCCAACAGUGAGCUGUGUAUUAGCAUUAUGAAGAGCAAUGGAAUGUUGUCGUUGGCCAAUCUCCAGCAGCGUCGCCGACCACAGGAUGAGGUCGACUACGAGAUACUCUGGCGUCUGGGACAAUGGGAUGAGCUGGGAGCGGAGACUCAACACAAGCCGAAUACAUCCAAGAAUAUGGAACAGGAGUUUAAUAAGCAACACUAUUUGGCACUGAAGAGCAUUACGAAUCGGGAGGAAGAGAACACAGUGUCGGCUAUUAAAAAUGCCUAUCAUUGUGUAAUGGCUGUCCUGAGGGACAUCAGUGUCGAGUGUCUACAGUCUGUCUACAAAUAUAUGACCUGGUUGUGCACUCUACAGCAGGCUGAAGACUUUUCUCAGAUUCAAUUCAGCGCACAGUUGUCAACGACACAAUUGAAUGAGAUAUGCAACAAGUGGCAAACGGAAUUGAAUCUCACCUAUGGCAAUUUCAACUGCAAGGAGCACAUACUCUCCCAUCAGAUAGCACUCUUUAAAAUGGCCGGAACUCGGGCCAAUCGCCGUAUUCAGCAGUAUUACAAGCAGAGUCCCGUGGACAUGUAUCUGCUCAAGUGCAUCGGCGUCUGCAAGGAUGCCGGCAAGUUGAAUAUGGCCACCAAAUAUGUGGCAACGCUGCGUGCUCUGCCCAACAUCAAGGAGUCCACAAAGAUAUCAGCUUUGCUGGAGGAUGCGGAUGUGCAUGUGAAGACUGGGAAUUACCAGAUAGCGAAGGCGACACUGCAGCACGUGGUGAGCAACAGUGAGUUCCAAUAUUGUCUACAGCGAGUGCCGGCACUGCGGAUGCAGGGUGAAUUCCUGCUCAAUUCCAAUGCCCAGAGUUUGCCCUACAUCCUGAGUCACAAUUUCAACAAGUCCAUCAAGCUCUUGGAUCAAUUUGAGCUGCAUAAAUCGACGUUAAUGGCAAAAUAUCCCGAUAUUUUCAACUGGUCGCAAUUCGGCACAUUCGUGAAUGAUAAUCGAAAGGCAGCACAUGCGGCUAUGGCCAAAUAUGCGGAUCGGGAGUAUCAGCAGUUGCACAACUAUCGCAAUUCGCAGGAAUACAAAAUGAUAUCGGAUAUAAUACAACAGAAUCGAGAGCUAGCCGAUACGGUUUCCCAACGCGAACGAACCGAUCGUGAUCGUCGUGUGGGCGCCAUUCAUUUGAAUCGUUUUGCGAAGCACGACGAAGCCGAACUCCUCAAGAUCGAGGAUAAUCUCACGGAGCAUUUGUGCACAGCCGUCGAGCAUUAUAUUGCCUACUGUCAACUGGAUGCUGGCUGCUCCAGUGCCGAGAUCUAUCGCAUUAUAGCGCUCUGGUUCACCAACGAUCAGAACGCCAAAAUGCUGCUUAAAAUCAAUGAUUUAAUUAAGAAUGUGCCGAGUUACAAGUUCAUUUGUGCGCUCAAUCAAAUGGUUGGUCGUUUGAACUCCAAGAAUGCCGAUUUCCAUCGCGUGCUCGUCGAGGUCCUGGUGCGCUGUGGCCAGGAUCAUCCGCAGCAGACCUUCUAUAAGCUAUAUCCCUUGGUCUAUGCCUUCAUGGAUGGCAGCAACAGCAAUACACAACGUGCCGAUAUUGCCAAAAGGAUUAUUGCCCAGAUUUGUGAGGCGAAUCCAGCGAUUGUCGAUUGCAAUCGACAGUUUAACGCCAUGUUUCCAGCGCUCAUUGAUUUCGCCAAUACGUAUCUCGUAAUUGAACCAAAUGGCCGACCAACCGCCAAAGAAGUUCCCGAAAAACUUAGGAAAUUAAACAGCCUCAAACUGGACACUAUACACUGUCCCACAUUGUCGCUGUCGGUGCAGCCCAGCAAGCAAUAUAAUAUAAUAAGCAUGGUGAAAUGGAAGAAUGAGUUCACUUUGUGCGGUGGCCUCAAUGCACCCAUCAAGAUGUCCUGUCUCUGCUCGGACGGCGUGGUGCGUGCCCAGCUCAUCAAGGGCAAGGACGAUCUGCGUCAGGAUGCGGUGAUGCAGCAGGUGUUUGGCAUUGUCAACGAGCUGCUCAAAAGCGACUCGGAGUUUAUCGAGCGGAAGCUGCACCUGCGCACCUACCAGGUGACACCGCUUUCCAUGCGGAGUGGCAUUCUGGAAUGGUGCAGCAACACUAUACCGGUCGGUGUCUAUCUGGUGGGUGACAACUCUAGCGGUGCGCACAUGAAAUAUCAGCCCAACGGUUGGACCAACAAGAAAUGCCGCGAUAUGUCAAUGGCCGCUUUGCGUAAAAGCGACUCGGUUCGCAAGGCAGUCUAUGAUAAGAUUUGUGAGAAUGUGAAGCCGGUAUUCCAUUAUUUCCUGCUGGAAAAGUUUCCCAUACCGGGUGUCUGGUUCGAGCGUCGUUUGGCGUACAUCAACAGCGUGGCGACCACGUCAAUGGUCGGAUAUGUUCUGGGACUGGGAGAUCGGCACACCCAGAACAUUUUAAUUGAUCAGCAGACAGCGGAAGUGAUUCACAUUGACUUUGGAAUUGCCUUUGAGCAGGGCAAGAUUCAGGCCACAAAGGAGACGGUGCCUUUUCGCUUAUCACGCGAUUUUGUUGCACCCAUGGGAUUCUGUGGCACCAACGGUGUUUUCACCAAAUCCUGCGAGGCUAUCAUGCAUAUUUUGAGACGUUAUAAGCCGGUCUUCACCACCAUACUGGAGGUCUUGCUCUACGAUCCUCUCUUUAUUUGGGGCGUACUCGCAAAGGACCAAUCUCAGGAGUCGUCCAAGGAAUCAAAGAAUCUACUGGCACAACGAGCCCUUCUGCUGGUGCAGCACAAACUGGAGGGCAGGGAACCUGGUGUCUUGGACAAUACCAGUGUGGAGACGCAGGUGCAACGUUUAAUCAACGAAGCAACGUUGCCGAGCAACUUGGCCUUGUUAUAUCCCGGCUGGGAUCCAUAUCUAUGAUGCAGUUACUUGUCAGACAAACAAAACAUCACUGUUAUACCCAGUUGUUUUCUAUACAAAUAAUAAUAAAAUGUUUUACAGUGUACUUCAACUUGAUUUGCAAAAUGUAA